AACGGGCUUUCGGGCAAGCUUUUAGACGCCGUACAGCUUCCAGAAGCUCCAGCCUUCGUCAUGGCCAACACUUCCAACUAUAAACUCAGUGCGGCUGUUUCAAAUCUCAAAUAUGAUGACAUCCUACCCUACAAAACUCAAAACGGCACCGUCACAAAUGAAUUCCUCCAAAAACUCAUCGAAAUUCUCCUGGAUUUUGUGCGAGCGACCAAUGACCGCAAUGAAAAAAUCUUGGAUUUCCACCAUCCAGCAGAAAUGCAAGCAUUACUGGACCUCUCGAUUCCUAAUAAGGGGGUAUCAUUACAGCAGCUCAUCCACGACUGCGCUACUACUCUCAAGUAUCAGGUCAAAACAGGACAUCCAAGAUUUUUCAACCAACUUUCUUGUGGAUUAGAUUUAAUCUCGAUGGCAGGCGAAUGGCUAACAGCUACAGCUAAUACCAACAUGUUCACUUAUGAAAUCGCUCCUGUUUUCAUCUUGAUGGAAACCGUCGUCAUGACACAUAUGAGAGAGAUUAUCGGAAGUAACUGGGUGAACGGUGACUCAAUUCUUGCUCCAGGCGGUUCAAUAUCCAACCUGUACGCCUUUCUAGCAGCUCGACACAAGAUGUUUCCCAAUUAUAAAGAAAAAGGGAUAGCCACUAUACAAGGACAACUUGUUAUGUACACUUCAGAUCAAAGUCACUAUUCCGUGAAAUCCUGCGCUUCAAUUUGCGGUUUAGGUACCGACAAUUGUUUAAUGGUGCCUUCAGACAUUCACGGUCGUAUGAUUCCAUCAGAAUUGGAACGUCUGAUCCUUGAUAGAAAAACCAAGGGUCACAUUCCCUUCUUCGUUUGUUGUACUUCCGGAACGACCGUGUUGGGGGCUUUCGAUCCGAUCAACGAAAUCGCCGAUAUUUGCGAAAAAUACGGCAUGUGGCUACACGUUGAUGCCGCUUGGGGCGGCGGUCUGCUCUUGUCCAAAAAAUACCGCCAUCCAAGACUAACUGGAGUUGAACGGGCCGAUUCAGUGACAUGGAAUCCUCACAAACUGAUGGGCGCACUAUUACAGUGUUCCACCAUCCAUUUCAAAGAAGACGGAUUACUAAUGAGUUGUAACCAGAUGUCAGCAGAUUAUCUUUUCAUGCAGGAUAAACUCUAUGAUAUCAAGUAUGACACUGGCGAUAAAGUCAUUCAGUGCGGUCGUCAUAAUGACAUUUUCAAAUUAUGGUUGCAAUGGAGGGCUAAGGGCGACGAAGGCUUUGAAAAACACAUGGAUAGAUUGAUGGAACUGUCCGAGUACAUGGUAAAACGGAUCAAAGAACAAAGCGAUAAAUUUUAUUUGAUCAUGGAACCAGAAUUGGUGAACGUUAGUUUUUGGUACAUUCCGACACGUCUCCGCAAGGUGCCACAUUCACCAACACGAGAACAAGAACUAGGAAAAUUGUGUCCUAUAUUGAAAGCACGAAUGAUGCAAACUGGUACACUCAUGGUAGGCUAUCAACCAGAUGACAGGAGGCCAAACUUUUUCCGAAAUAUCAUCUCUUCAGCUGCUGUUACUGAAAGCGACGUCGACUUCCUCCUGUCAGAGAUGGACCGACUUGGGCACGACUUGUAAACUACUCAUUUGUUGAACAGUAUGUUUUUGUUUUCGUUCGUUUGUUGUAAAAUAUUACAAAACUUAUUAUUCAUGUUGUUCAUAUCUACUCUAGUAAAAUUUUCUCUCAAAUUAUGAUAGUUCAAUAUUAGGUAGUAGAAAAAUAUACAAACAUAUCGAGUUUUUGAUCAUUUUUCAUAGGUAGAAACGGCCAAAACCCUUUUUUUAUUAGUAGUAAAAUAUACUAUUUCUUAUCUUAUCAUAAAACUAAUAAAUCGUAUUUAGUCACAUACUCGUAUUAAUGUUAAUUAAUAAUAACACACUUUUGUGUUGAGUUAGAUUAUAAAAAACCUUGAAAGGUCAAUUAUCAAUUUACGUUUAAUUGAAAGUCAAUUAAAUACAUUGGACCGUAUGAAUAAAGUUAAGUAAAUGCUUCUACUUGUAAUAGUAAAAGAUAGACGUAACUUACAUUUUAUAGGAAAAAAAGAGACAAAACUAUAGCAAAAGCCUUUGCUACUUUUUAUUCAUACUACCCAUUGUUAAUUAAAUCAUUCGUUUAAAAUAGGUAAACCUAGGAAUAGAAAAUUAGAUGCAAAAUUACUUUAUGCUAUUGUUAUGCAAAUAUACCAAAAAUAUACAGAGAAUUUCAAAACGAUUUGUCCGUUCUAGAUAACGUUGACAACGUCUCUUGGUUACAAAAUAUAGUAUAUCAAAGUGACAUGAUAGUGAUAUGUCACUUUGAUGUAUGCACUAGGGACUGGACAGUGAAAUCCACUUUAUAUACAAAGUGAUCCACAAUAAAUGAAUCUGUUGGCAAUCCUGACUCUAAUUUUGAAAGCUUACCAUUGUAAUGGGCUUUUGAUUAACAACAAUUUGCGAAUCUUGAGAGGUUGUACGUCAAGUAUUUGUCAAGCAAAAUCAUAUCCCGUUGCAGUGUUUGAAAUUAUUAAUAAAAAUCCUUUCAAAUCUGUUACUAAGAGACUCAGUCUUUCUGAAUCACUUUGAAUUUUGAUUGUGAAAACUUUUGCUCAUACUGUCUACAAUUUUAGAGUCAUUGGAAAUUCAAGUAAAAUCAACCAAUUUUAUCAACUAAAAACAUAUCAGCUAGAGUAGUACUCGUUAAUAAAAAAUAAAUUGAGAGAAAACUUUACGACUCGGUAAAAAUCUCGAUGUGUUACAAGAUUUGUGAUAGAAGUCUUGCUUCUUGUUAAUUUAGUCGAUGUCCAGAUUUUAUUAUUUAUUGUAACAAAACAAAACUAUUAAACAUUGUUAAAUAAUGUCUUAAAUGUAAAUUAUUGCAUUAGAAAAUACCAAAAAACACUAAGUGUGCGUAGCGUAUAUUUCUAAUAUGGUAAAAAAUGUGUAGCUGACGCAAUAAUGUUGUAUAGAAGAAAUUUUAAAUUUUCCUUUGCUAUAUUAGAUUUAAGUCACAUGGUGCUUUUUCUGUUUUGUUCGAGUUAUUUUUUUCAAUAAAACACUUUAUUAGAGUGCUACAAAAUUAGGGGAAGCACCAGUUAUUUUUCAAAAAGCAUUUACGGUCCAAAGAAAACAAAUAUAACGAGUUCCAGUGAGUUUUGAAAGUUGUUAUAGAUGUUUAUAUGGUUAGAAAAUGAAAUGUAUAAAAUUGUUGAAACUGCCAAAUUAUAGAAUAUUUGUUGUUUAUUGAGUUGUUCUUCCAAAUCAGCGGUGGUUAUUUAUUUAUAUGUUACCAACUUCCUGUAUGUGAAACAACAAAACACAAAGUCUUCCAUUUUAUAUAAAAAUAUUAUUUGAAAAAAAUCGCUUGUUCAAUGGCGAAAUGUAUACAUGUACUAAAUACAUUAUUAUACAGUCUACGGGCCCGAAAUUCAGUCAAUGACGUUGAAAAAGGGUUUCAAGAUCUCAUUUUUUUCAUUUGGGAAUUUUGGGUCACCGGUAUAAUUAUGUAUUAUACCAAAGUAUUAUAUUGCCUAAAUGUAAAAAAACUUAAAAUGUAGUUUUAUCUCGUUUAAUUAGUUGCUUCUUAGCAUCCAAAAAUUGUUGUAAAGAUCCUGUAUGUAAGGUAUCUAUCAAAUAAAAGAAGUGUAUAUAUACCAACAA